AUGCUACUGACACUAUCGCUGGGGGAGGCGAUUGGCGCGCGCCGGGCCGGGGGCGGGCGGAGGCCGCGGUCAGGGCGAGCGGAGAGCGAGCGCCCCCCACCCCCGCGCUCGCCGCAGCCCGCCCCGUCCUCCUCCCGGCCGCGCCCCUCCCCCGCCGCCGCUAACGCCUCUCUUUGUUGUCUAAUGCGGGACCGGCAGGCUCGGGACACUCGCGCGUACCUAUCGGCCGAGGACAGUCUGUCCCCAGAUCUCCUCCCUCGCGCGAUUGAGAAAGGAAAACGCGCCCAACUCUGCUGCCAGCGGCCCGGCUCUGAGCGAGCGGCCCGCCCGCAUCGCUCCUCGCGCGCGCGCCCGCAGUUCGGUCCCCCCGGGCAGCACUCCGUCCAAGUGGCCCCGAAACUGCGGAUCGGAGAGCCGGAACCCCGCCGCAGCGCGGGCCCGGCCCGCCCUGCGGCCGGCGACCUCCGGAAGGCGCGGGGCGGGGGUCCUGCACACGCCCCGCGCGCCGGCCGAGCCCCCGCGGGCGCUGACGCGUGCACGAGCGCCGCGCCGCCACCGCGGGGACGCCGGCCAUGGCUCCGGCGGGCGGCGCGGGCGUGCGCGCGCCGCUCUCGGGUCCCUCCCCGCCCCGCGGCCGGGCAUGCGCGGUGCGCGCGAGGAGCGGGCGGGCCCUUUAAGGCGGGCGCGGCGGAGCGUGCGCCGGCCCCUCCCGCGGCCCCGCCCCGACGGGAGGUGUGCGCCCGCCGCCCCGCCGUUCUUUGUGCGCUUCUCGGGGUGGAGUUGGCGGCGGAGGGAGGGCGCGCCCGGACCGGCCGGAGGGGGACGGCGAGCUGCGCCCCCUUCCGGAGCUCCCGCGGCCGCCUCCGAGCGCGAGGGAAGAAAGAAGGCUUUGGGGGCCGGGCCGGGGCUCACCGCCUGCCCGCCGGCCGCCGGCCGCCGCCCGGUCCGCCCCCUGCGCAGCCACGGGCGCCGACGCCCCCUCGGGCCCCGCGCGCGCCCCUCUUCGUUGUUCCCGGCGCCCCCGGGCUCGCCGCGUCCCCGCGCCCGGCCGGCCGGGGGCUGCGGUUCGGCAGGGCGGCCGGGGGCUGCGGUUGGCGGAGAGCGCCGGCGUCCGCGCGGCUCGGCGGGACGCGCGCGCGGGACAAUGCGGCCAUGUGGCCGCCACCGCGGACGGGCCCACGCGGGGGGCCUGCCGGUGCCGCGGGGCGAGCUCGGGGCGCACAGGCGGAGGCUCCCGGGUGUUCUCUCCCUGCGUGAGCCCGGGAGGAGCGCGAGCGCCCGGGCCCCGGUGUGCCAUGCGUGAAAGGAGGGGGCAGGUCGUACCUGCCCCGGCCACCUCGUGGGUUCGGAGAAUUAACUGUGACAGUAGAUGCGAGCGCGCUCGGGAAUCAGUGGGCAGUGCCGCAAACGCCUUUACUUUUGAGCACGGGAAGGUGUUCCCUUCUUGCUCACCUGGAGCUGUCUUGGAGAAGAGGUGCUGAUUAUUUCCUCGGGGAAAUGAGGCUUAGAAGGCGCUCAGAGUGGUUAUUUCCGUCAGGAUGUUUGUGUCAGCUUCCCUGAGUCUGGGGUGUGCGUGAGACAGAGAGAAGGAGAGAGAUGGGGCAGAGGCGGUGGCAAGUCCUCUGGAGAGCCACCGCCUAGGACUCUAGUGAAUUCUUGUCUUUUUCAACCUGGUUUGUGGGCUCCCGUCCCACUCAUCUGUGGGUGAGGAGGGGGUGCCCAGAGGAAGGAGGUUCUCCGUGGAGAGGGUCCUGGCCGGGAAUGGCCUUGCUCAGGGCCUAUAAAGGCCAGGGCAGACAGGGAAAGGACUCCCAGGGCCUCCGCGUUUACAUGUUGCCAACACCACAGGCUUUUUUGCUGGCCUCUCAGCUCCGUUUCCAGGAACUUAAUAACCUCCCGAUUGGGCCAAGUGGGGUUUCCUUUUUCAAACACCACCAUGAAAGUAAAGUUGUUCCUCAGCGUCCACUGCUAGUGAGGCCCGCACACAGGUAAAUGGGGGCUCCCCCACCCAGGGUUGCUCCUUCUGGGGGACAGGCCUGCACACAUCCUGCCCUCCUCCCUGCAGUGUUAAGAUUUCAGAUCUGCACCCAGCCGUAACUGCAGGUGUUCCAUGAAAUCACACAUCUGAGCCCACUUGGAGGAUCAGCUCAAACUCCGACCCGACGAAUGCAUGGAGAGCUGCCCGUGGUCAGGUGCAUCCCGGGCCGCCCUCCGUAGACCAGAGUGCUUCAGGAACACCUGUGCAAAGACCGGGUGGUUUUCUGAAGACGCCCACAAAAUCGAAGGGCCUCCUGAGAGUCUAGGAGGGUGAUGUUUGACAGACCCGACCCCCCAGCCGAGCUCAGCUUCAGCACGCUGGUCUCUGAGAAGAGGCUAGUAUCCAGCGUCCCACCUGCCUCGGGGGGUUGUUUGAGCCGAUGGAUAAUGACGGUGAAAGCAUCACCGUGACAAGUCGAGAUGCCAAUCAACUGAAAUGCAGCUGUGACCGUCUCACAACUAACUUCGAAUGACUAGCCAGCUCAACUUCGUGCUAAAAUGAUUUCUUCCCUACGCAUUUCAGUUCAAAAGAUAAAAAUUAUGUCAACAGAGCUGUUAAAAUUUUAGCUAAUAAUAGAAUCGUUUUUGUUAUGCUGAUAAAACAAAUUUACAGCUUUAUUUAAAUUCCACAGCUGUCAUUGUAGUAAAACGUGUACACGAGGAUACGGAGAUUCAUGGACUCUAGCAAGCAAAGAAAUACAAAUGCGAGAAUGCCUUUCGGGAGGCGUGAGCACCAACCUAACAGAAGAAGUAGCACAGAGGCCAUGAUGUAAAUUCCACGACUCCGAAGAAAAGAAAGAAGAUGGGGUCUCCAGCAGGAAAGUGUUAAGAAGCAUCGUUAAGUGGAAAGCGUAAAACCAAACACGACAAAGCAUACAAAAAGUAUGUAACAACCAAAUAAAACAAAUACCAACAGGUCAGUAGGAAGAGAGACAAGGAGGCUGCUCGGCCCGCUGCAAAGAGAUGUGGGGGGGGGGGGGGGGUUCUCAGGGAGAACUUGACCUUGCCGAGGCCCUGGCCAUGGUCUCCGGGGCGGGACUGGCCGACGUGAGACGGGCCAGUGGUGACCUUGGGGGGCACACAGAUGGGUCUGUUUUAACUAUUAUACGUUCAUCUUAAUUGCAUUACAAAAUCAUAUUUAGUAUAUGAAACCUUGGAAUUCAGGGAUCAAGGCAAGGAGAAGUGGAAGUUGGUAUGUAUGUUUUGAAAGGAAGUCAAUCUGAGCAAAACUGUUAGGUGAAUAACAUUCCGGUUGGUGCUCAGAUGUGGUAAACUGUACAAUGCAGAUGUUAUGUGAGUGAAUGAGGACUGGAGACAAACGACGGAUGGGAAGAUGUUCUAAUUAGGCUAAUUCUUUAAGGAUUAAUUUAUCAUUAGAAUUACAUUUUUUUUUUAAUUUUUUAAAGUGUUUAUUUAUUUUUGACAGAGAGAGAUAGAGCAUGAGUCGGGGAGGAGCAGAGAGAGGGGGAGGCACAGAAUCCGAAGCAGGCUCCAGGCUCCCAGCUGUCAGCACAGAGCCCGAUGCGGAGCUCGAACUCGUAAACCGCGAGGUCAUGACCUGAGCCGAAGUCGGACGCUCAACUGACUGAGCCACCCAGGCGCCCCUAUAAUUAGAAGUUUAUACAGUAGUCAAAAGACAACCAUUUUGGGAGGUGGGGGGCACCGAAUCUUUCGGAAGUUCAUCUGAAAGAUCACAGAAGAACCAAGGGGGGCUAGGAGCAGCUGUCACGACACCAGACAUUAGCACCUCUUACGACCGCGGAUGGACAAGAAUGUGUCAUCCGUUCUGAGGAGAGGACGUCCAGAAGCCGGUGCGAGACGGUAUGAGGCUGCGGCAGAUACCGGCGUGUCUGUCCCACGGGCACCGGGCUGGGGGACGGGGAACACAGCGGGGUGACCCAGGGUGGGGCAUCUGCAAGGGAACAGCACGUUGACGAGCCGACCGACAGGCGUUUGUGUCACAUCACGACUCUGACAACAGCCACGGAGGACAGACCGUGGUGCAAGCAACUUGCAAAGGGGGGACCCGCAAUGCUCGCUACGCAGAGGACUUCGUCUGUGGCCUCAAAGUACGUAACUGACGAGCUGAGAAGAUGUUUUCAUGCACGAAGUAAAAUAAAGCAGAAUAAGUUGUGAUAUUUUUUGAGCACUUAUUACAUACUAGGAUGAUGCUGGUUCUGUCAUUCAAUAAUGUCAAUAAUCCAGUGAAAUGGGGACUAACUUACUUUACUUUCGCCCAGAGGAAGCUGAGCCCGAGCUGGCCAGCGGCAGGCACACCCAGCCGUCCAAGCGCGAGCUCUCUUUCUUUUUUAAAAACCCCUUUGUUGAGAAAUAAUGGAGACACAGAAACCGGGACACGUGUGCCGUGUACGAUUUGACGGCUUUGCACGUGUCCACGCACCUGUGACACUGUCCCCGCGGUCCUGACGAUGGAUGUAUCCGUCGCCCCCAGAAGUUUCCUGCUGUCCCUUUUGUCUGUGGUAAGAACAGCAUGAGAUCCAGCCCCUGAAGUUUCUGAGCACACGACACCGGGCUGUUCCCCACAGGUGCCGUGGGGCACAGCAGAAAUCUAGAACAGGUUCAUCUUGCAUAACUGGAACUUGUACCCGUUGAACAUCUCCCCAUUUUCUCCUCCUCCCGGACCCUGGUAACCUCCGUUUCGCUCUCUGCUUCUGAGUCUGACCCUGGCAGACUCCUCCAGGGGGAACCACGCAGUAUUCCUUCCUCUGUGAUGGACUCAUUUCACUUAGUGCAGCGUCCUCCACAUUCAGCCACGUCGUCACAAACGGAUUUCCUUCCUUUCUUAAGCUUGACCGAUGCUCUAAUUUACGUGUAUUCCACAUUUUCUCGCCGUAGAAUUGCCAGAACUUUCUUCUGUUUUGCUUUCUUUGUUUUAGAAGAGCCGUCCUCACGGGCAUGAGUGGGUCUCUCAUGGUGGUUUUGAUUUGCAUCUCCCUGGCGAUGAGUCACGUCGAGCAUCUUUUCACGUGUCUGCUGGCCAUCUGUGUAUCGUCUUUGGAGAAAUGUCUAUUCGAGUCAUUAGCCCCCCCCCCCUUUUUUUUUUUCAUCUGGUCUUGGCAACGAAGGCACGGAUAGGACACCAAAAGCAGAGUCAACAAAAGCAGCAACAAACAAGCGGGGCUACAUCAAACUAAAGGCUUCUGCACCGCAAAGGGGACCACCAACAGAACGAGAAGGCGGCAUGAGAGGAGAUGUUUGCAAACCACAUGCCUGAUGAGAUUAAUAUCCAAACUAUAUAAGGAAAUCAUACAAUACCAAAUAUCAAAAA